GUUGACAGCUAUGUCGGCCGUGCUCUUUGUGCCGACUUGCGGAAAGUUCUGGAUCAGGAAAAUCGGAUCCUGGGCAGCCUGACCCAAGGUUCUGCGGAGGAAGUUCGCUCUCAACAGGCGGAUGGCGAUCUUCUUGAUUCAUUAGGAGUCAAAAGAGUCGUCGAUCGCACAGACAAGCAGAAGUACCUCUCGGACAUUCUUUCGUGCUCCUUGAUUGUAUAUGAUCUGCACAGUGCCGAUCUGAACGAUGUGGAGACUCUAAUAAAGGAGCUGAAGGUUGCCGAGCUGGGCCAUGAGACAACUUUUGUGCUGAUCUCAUCUGUCAUGGCAUGGGCAAACACUCGAAAACAGUAUGUUCCUCUGAAGAGUCCCGAGGAGGAAGAUGAAGGUGUGGAUGACGAAGUGGAGGAAGUGGAAGUCAAGAAGCGUCCAAAAGAGCUGACAGAUGCAGACCUGGAGCGGCGGGUGCCUACGGCUGCGUACGAGGCUUGGAAGUACUUGGAGACCUUGGUGCUUUCGCUGAGUUCCAAAGCCAAGCUUCGACCACACGUCAUUGGCGCUGGAAUCCUGUAUGGAAACGGUGAAACCGUUUUCAACGAACUGUUCAAAGCUGCCUGGCUGACGCAGCCCGUGCACAAGAUCAUUGCUCCAGGAGACAACUACAUUCCUUGCGUACACGUCCGGGACGUUGCUCGGCUGGUUCGCGUGGUCGUCUCGGACGCAUCUCUGGGCUCGUACCUGCUCGCCGUCGACCAUUCGCGACUGACGCAAGCAGGAAUCAUUCAGGGAAUCAUCUCCCAGAUGUCACACAGUCGAGAUGUGCCGGUUUGUCCAGCGGAAGAUGUCGAUUCCGAAUUCAAAGAGGUCAUGUCGCUCGAUCUAAUUCUCGAGCCUUCUGCUCCCCUCAAGGAUCCCACGUUUGGUUGGUGGUGCCGCGACGGGAUGAUCGCCAAUAUAGAGAAGGUGGCUGCAGAGUUCUGCAAAUGGCGAAACCUGCGGCCAAUCAAGAUGGUCGUUGUUGGCCCACCUGGAUGCGGGGCUGAACGCCUUUGCGCCCGCGUUGCCAAGCACUACUUGCACGAGGAGCCGCCGCAUCUCACCUACCAGCAGAUCAUUGACGACGCAUGCGCGGCACCAACCAAAGCAGCCCGCAAGCUUCGGAGAAAGGUGCAGAAGCUCGCAGCCGAUCCAAGCAAGAAGCUUCCACUGCAGAUUAGGACGAAGUUGGUGCAAAGCCGCCUCCUGUCGAACGUGUGUCGAUACCGCGGCUAUGUUCUCGAAGGCUAUCCAACGACAUAUGCUGAAGCUGAGGCGCUCUUUCUGGAGCAAGUCAAGGAGGGCGAAGACGAGGAGGAAGAGGCAGUGGAGGAAGCCGAUGAUGGCGAUGAGGAUGUGGAGGAAGAAGAGGAAGAAGAGGAAACUGCAGAGUCUGCGCCCAAAGAGGAGGACGAGGACGAAGAAGCUGAGAGGCCCAAAUUCAAAAUCGCAGAAGGUGUGGUGCCGGAAUAUGGCGUUCUGAUACGAUCCUCAGAGCUACGAUGCAAAGCAAGGAUAUUCGACGGUGAUGCCAAAGGCCCAGCUUCCGAGGAGGAUUUCAGCCGGGAAACGGCAGAAUAUCGCACUGCGAACCUUGCAGAGGACGGAACUCCAAGUACUGCAGAGUUCUUUCUGGAGCAAUGUGGACUGUCAAUGUUGCCCAUUGAUGUGGACAACUGCAGUGAGGAAGAGGCUUUCCAGGCCGUUCGAAUUCACAUGGAGUCCAAGGGUCAGUUUUUCAACUACCUGAGGUCCGAGGAGGAUCUCCUGCGCGAAGAGCAGGAAAAACAGGCAAGGCUGGAGAAGGAAAAAGACGAGCAAAAGGCACGGGAAAAGCAGGAGCUGGUGCAGAAGGAGGCUGCACUGCGCGAACAACGCGCUGAUGAAGAAGAGUCGCGGCACAGGGUCAUCGCGCGCAACGAGGCUGCACACUUGGAGGCGGAGGCACGGAUGUCUUGA